AUGGCCAGUCCUAAGAAUUGGUCAUCUUGGCUUAUGUUGGUCUUGGCCUUGUAUGCCAUUUCUGCUCAUACAAGUGCCCAAUACACAUCUACUCCACCAUCACCACCACCGUAUGUUUAUAGUUCUCCUCCGUAUGUUUACAAAUCUCCCCCUCCUCCUCCAUACGUCUACAGUUCUCCACCACCUCCUCCAUAUGUCUAUAGCUCCCCCCCACCACCUCCUUACGUCUACAAGUCGCCACCACCUCCACCUUACGUCUAUAGCUCUCCACCACCACCUCCCUAUGUUUACAAAUCCCCACCACCUCCUCCAUAUGUCUAUAGCUCCCCACCACCUCCUCCUUACGUCUAUAACUCUCCACCACCACCUCCCUAUGUUUACAAAUCGCCACCACCUCCACCUUAUGUCUACAGCUCCCCACCUCCUCCUCCAUAUGUUUACAAAUCGCCGCCACCUCCUCCUUACGUCUUCAACUCUCCACCACCACCUCCCUAUGUUUACAAAUCGCCACCACCUCCUCCUUACGUCUAUAGCUCUCCACCACCACCUCCCUAUGUUUACAAACCUCCCCCUCCACCCCCAUAUGUAUACACUUCUCCACCACCUCCUCCUUACGUCUACAGCUCCCCACCUCCUCCUCCAUAUGUAUACAAAUCUCCCCCUCCUCCUCCUUACGUCUACAGCUCCCCACCACCUCCUCCUUAUGUCUACAAGUCACCCCCACCUCCUCCUUACGUCUACAGCUCCCCACCACCUCCUCCAUAUGUUUACAAGUCGCCACCUCCUCCUCCUUACGUCUAUAGUUCUCCACCACCUCCCCCUUAUGUUUACAAAUCCCCACCUCACCCUCCAAGCUAUAGCUAUAGCUCUCCCCCUCCUCCAAUAUACUAA